GGGAGGCUGAGUAAGACGGGUUGUGAAUGGUCGGAGCGGGUGCAGCCAAUGGGAGCGGUGUGUCAGGAGAGGGUGUGCUGUGUGGAGUGGAGACGGCGGUUAGAGCCUGGGCCUUUUGUUCUGGAAGUUUCUGAGCCGCGGAGGCAAAAUGAGAGGCGACAGAGGACGUGGCCGUGGACGUUUUGGUGCAAGGGGUGGCCCAGUUGGGGGGUUCAGACCAUUCGUUCCUCACAUCCCAUUCGACUUCUAUGUGUGUGAAAUGGCCUUUCCCCGGGUGAAGCCUGCCCCUGAUGAAACUACUUUGAGUGAAGCCUUACUGAAGCGGAACCAGGAUCUGUCUCCCACUCCAUCUGAACAGGCUUCAAUACUGUCCUUGGUUACCAAGAUUAACAAUGUGAUUGACAACCUGAUUGUGGCUCCAGGCAACUUUGAAGUGCAAAUCGAGGAAGUCCGUCAGGUUGGCUCCUACAAGAAGGGAACGAUGAUGACUGGUCAUAAUGUCGCUGACCUUGUUGUUAUCCUAAAGAUCUUGCCAACUUUGGAAGCUGUUGCUGCUCUCGGUAACAAAGUGGCAGAAACCCUCCGGGCCCAGGAACCAUCUGAGAUUCUCACUAUGAUCACCAAUGAGACUGGUUUUGAGAUCAGCUCACCUGACGCCACUGUCAAAAUCCUCAUCACCACAGUCCCACCCAACCUACGUAAGCUUGACCCAGAGCUUCAUUUGGACAUCAAAGUCCUGCAGAGUGCUCUGGCAGCAAUUCGUCAUGCCCGUUGGUUUGAGGAGAACUCCUCACAGUCCACAGUUAAAGUACUGAUACGGCUCCUGAAGGAUUUGAGAUGUCGCUUCCCUGGAUUCGAGCCUUUGACACCCUGGAUCAUUGAUCUUCUGGGCCACUCCGCUGUAAUGAACAACCCAUCCAGACAGCCGUUGGCACUCAAUGUUGGCUUCAGGCGCUGCCUACAGCUCCUUGCAGCAGGAUUGUUCCUGCCAGGAUCAGUGGGAAUUACAGACCCUUGCGAAAGUGGAAAUUUUCGAGUGCAUACAGUGAUGACUCUUGAGCAGCAGGACACGGUGUGUUUCACAGCGCAGACCCUGGUCCGCAUCCUUUCUCACGGAGGGUACAGGAAAAUCCUUGGGUUAGAAGGAGACGCCAGCAGUCUAGCAGUGGAAAUGUCCACUUGGGAUGGAGUGAUAGUGACGCCCUCCGAGAAGGCAUAUGAGAAGCCACCUGAGAAGAAGGAGGGAGAGGAGGAGGCCACAGAAGGAGCUGAGGAAGAGGAAGAGAAUAUGGAGACUGCAGAGUAAAGGACUCUUGCUGUGAUGUUACUUAGUGGUCAGUCCCCAGUGUCUGAGCAACAUUCUGACAACACACACACACGCUGCUGCCUUGCCACUGGACCAAGCAACAGACUGCUGCCCUCUACUUUUUCGCCUUGUUUAUUGUAUUCCUUUUGUAGUUGAUUCCAGUUGCAAUAAAGUUGUUUUUUUUUCUAUUUC